AUGGCGGGAAAUCAAAUCAGGAAUGGUGACUGGAUGCAAGAUCAAACGCUUAAAGGUGAUUUAUCAAAGAACCUACUUGCAUAUGUGUACAUUCCCGUGCUACAGAAAGAACUAGAUACCUUUAGUGUAUCAGUGUGGAACAAUCAUCGCAUGCGUAAGCAGAAGGCUGAAGAACUUCCUGAUGGAGUACCAGAGCACAUUUACAUGUAUCUGCAGAAUUAUGGAGGGGAUAAAUGUGGCCUCACAGUAACCGAACAACAACUCCAGGUAACAGCAGAGCUCUCAGGUGUGUUGGAAGGGACAAGUGACUAUUUAGAGGCUGGGUUCAGAAGAGAAUGUGAAAGACGCAUUCCAGACACAAAUGAUGUUGAACCUGCACAGGCAGCGAAUGCUUAUUUAUUUUUAAAGAAUAAUUUUGAUGUAAACAGGGUGUAACAGUGACUCAUAUUUUUUUUGGCUUACUUUUAUGUAAUGGCCGGACGAAGACUGGUUGCUCGGCUUUUUGCGACUGCUCAUAUUCCAGAAAUCUGAUGUGAAUGACCUUCGACCAGUCUU